AUGGGUCUACGCUGUGUUCUGCUAAUGACAGUGGUCUACCUACUUGCCGGCACCAAUGCUCUUUUACCGCCUGGGGGUGUCAGUGCUUCGCUUUUGGACUACAGCAUCGUUACCGACCGCAACGACGUCGGACGAGAAAGGUCCCUGCGGCUUACCGAGACAACAGAAGAGAAAGACAGCGGCGUUGGUGAAGACGGUCCCAAGACUGCGGAUGAGAGAUCGAAUCCGAUAUCAAAUUUAUUCUCUCAGAUGAGAGACAAGCUCUCGCUGUAUUUCAAAACUGAAACGUGGCUUGAACUAGGCAAGUCCAGCGAGUAUGUCAAGAGGAAGUUGGGGCUGGAGGGAUUACAAGGCACAAAACUAACUUCGCACAAGAACUACAAACGGUGGGUGAAAUAUUCUCACAGGCUUGAAAAAAAUCAGCUACUGGCAAAGGCCCAAAGAAAAUACUCUACAUUUAAGGUGUGGAACGAGGCCGGGCUUGAAAAGAUCACCGGUAAAAAAGUGUGGAACGGCAUGCCAGCUCAGGAAGCCAUUGAUGUUUUGAAGUCGAUCCAGUCAUCGGAUUCGUUUAAGUACUAUCAGUGCUACAUUACUAUGUAUGAUGGGUACAUGAUAAACUUGUUCGGUUCGGGUUAUUAUCGUCCCGACAGAUUUAUCGACGAGAGAGCCACUGCAGUGGAAAAGAUGGCGAGGGCGUACAUUUGGGCAGACAAUGGAAUAGACGAGCGGUAUGUGAGGGAAUUCUUGGGUUUGUUGAGGAAGAAAGACGACGAGGUCCUCAAGAACCCAUAUUACCGAUUUUACAAGGAUUCACUGAAGAAAGGCCAAAGCUAA